AAACAUCAAAUUCCAAUCUUUUGAUUCAACCGCUUACUCUAAAUCGUUCAUCACCACCUGCAAAUUCAUCAAACAAUCUUCCUUCCCUCCUUUCGAAAAUUAUUUACAUUCGUCCAAUCGAUUCAAUUUCCAAUGAGGAAGUUGUCCAGUUUCGUUUCGUUCCAAGUGACAGCAAAGAAGACAUAAAAGAAGAGAUUUCAAAAGCAUUUAAUCUCGAAAGGUUUUCACUUCGGGACGACAAGAAAAAUAUUGUGACUGGCAGCUGGGAUUCAUUGGUAAGUGGCCGUUAUUAUGAAAUUAUCGAUCGUGGUGAAUCGAAUGUUGUUGACAGGAAAUGGAAGAAAUAUGUGGAUUUUGGUCCUAAGCGUGUUGUUGACGAAUUCGAGUAUACCGAAGAAUUACCAUCGGAAAGUUAUGAAGAGGAUAAAGGAAGAAAUUUGGAUGGUAGAAGUAUUAAUAAUAAAAGGGAUACUACAAUACAAGAAAAUGAAUCACGAAAGAAGCGUAAAAGUCAAUCACACUUAACUUCUACUCAAUUUCUUCUCGAAGUAAAGCAAAAUGACCAGCAGCAGCAUCAACAAUUGUUAAUCCAAUCUCAUCAAGAACCUACAGAAUCACGAAUGUCAGUAAGACGUGCUUUGCUUACACCGGAAGAUGUAAUUGUCCGUGAUAAUAUGAUAGAGUUUGCUGUCCCAUCAGCGAAUCACGAUGUUUUCGAAGAGUUCGACAGUGGGAUUUUUGAAAACACUAAUAAUAUUAAUAGAAGAGCUGGUGCUAGUGGACAAGGAAAACAACCUUCGAAAAGAGUUGUCAGGGGUUCAAGUCGUUCUGGACAAGUCAAAGCAUGUUCAAGAUGUAGAAAAGGGAAGAAAGGAUGUGAUCGUAAGAGACCAUGUGAGCGCUGUAUAAAAGCCGGAAUGGAAGAUUCUUGCGAUACUGGCGAGCCAAGAAAUGAUAAAAUUUCAUUUAAAUAA